AUGACUGGUGUCGAAACAUUCUCUAGUUCUGAACACACCGACAUAGAUUCUACUGCAAGGGAUGUAAACUCACAAGUAAAAGAAGUUCCUUCACCGAGAACUCUCGAGGAUACUCAAAGAGACAAUGAGCUGACUGAAGCACAACUUAGUCGAAUUGAGGAGGAGCAAAAGCAAGUGCCGCUUGUGGGUGAUCGUGUGCCCUUCGAAGUAGUUGUUAUGGAGUAUGAUCCCAUCAAGAGCGGAGAGUUUUACAUUAAAGCUAAGGACUUGCUAGACACAUACAGUGAUGUACGUCUUAUCCGUCGAGAUGGCAAUUGUUUCUAUCGAGCAGUAUUGGUUGCUCAGGUGGAGCUGAUGUUGAAUGAUUCCGAAGAGUGUUCAAGAUUUGAGGAAGUGUGUAGAGGAUGGCAGGAUCGGCUUAUCAAACUCGGUUACCCAGAUUUCACAACAAAUGACUUCUGUGAAGUGUUCUACAAGUGGAUGACUCCUAUUUGGUCUCACCAAGUCGAUCGCAAAAAAGUCUUCGAAGAUCUUAACGACGAUAAUGAAGCGAACUAUCUUAUUAUCUUUUUGAGGCUAAUAACUGCUGGAUAUUUGAAGGAAAAUGCUGAAGAGUAUGCUCCAUUCAUAGAAAACGUUAGUCUUUCCGACUACUGCAUUACGGAAAUCGAGUCGAUGUGGAAGGACGCGGACCAUCUUGCCGUUACUGGACUUGUGAAUGCCAUAGGGCAAAGCGUUCGUGUGCAAUACAUGGAUCAGAACGCCGCUCCAAAUGGUGGAUUGUUCUAUGACUUUCCUCCUGAUGAGAAAGAAGUUCCACGUAUAACGCUUCUUUAUCGCCCAGGCCAUUACGACCUCAUUUAUCGCAGGUGUUGCUAA